CCGUAAUUAUAUAAUUGACAUCCUUUUUCUAUGAUUGACAUUUUCACUUUCAGUGUUUUAGUUUUUAGGUUAGUUUUAACUUCAGACAUUUUUUUUAGGUAAAAUUGUCAUUUUACACUACGAUUUUAUAUGGAACUUCUAAUAUUAAGCUGCACAUUAUAGUUCUCCCACCUCUAAUCAUUCUGAUAAAACACGCCUGUGAUUGGCUAACUUACUUACUUUAUUUUAUUAAUAACCGUGUAUAUAACGGAAAAAUCUGACCGAUUCUGUCAAUAUUUUAACCAAUUUGUGUCAAACGCAGCAAAAGAAUGAACUUUUAUUUUUAGCGCGUGUUCAAAAGUUUGAUCAAUAUCAGCUUAAAUCAGCAGUGUAUUAGAGGGAAUGUUAUAAUUUUUAAUGUAUUAAUGUUUGAUUAGGAUUUUCGUGUCAGCGGUAAAAAUGAGUAAUCAAACGAUGUUUGAAAGGACAGGAGCGACAAUUAGCGUGAAAACGAAAAGCAACGCGCCCAAGUUGUCGGAAAAUUGCUCCCAAAUCACUAUCAAAGAGUUUUUAACUCUGUUAACCACAGCAUAUCAAGUGCAAGACAGUGUUGAAGGUGUUUUAAUGGAAGGGGGCAAAAUAGAGGCUCUGAAUUGGCUACGAAUGAAAGAAAACGGAGGUAAAAAUUCGUACGCGCAAACCUCCGAAAGUAAUUUUGAGAUUUUGCCUGCUGAAAGUUGCGAAAUGGGAGAACAAAAAGAAGCUGUUAAGAAAAAAUCUUCCACCACUACAAUGUCGUGUUUCGACGUGGACCCGAUAAAACAAAAACUAAAUGUCGUUUUAUCGGAAGGAUUGCUUGAUUCAGUUUUACCCUUUUUGGUGGACAAUGCUGGAAACAAACGAAAGAAUGUCAUAGCUACGAGUAACUCCAUGCCAGUUAUGCCGACGGUGGCGGAAAAGCAGGUGGAAAAACCCAUCAGAAAAUCCGUGGAAACUUUCAUUAAAUCUUCGUCGGACGUCGAAAUACACGUGUGUGACGAAGUGAAAAACCUCAAGAAGACUUUUUUGUGCAACCAGACGUUGUUGGUGUCGAAAAUGGGUUAUUUUUCGGACAUUACUGUCGGUCAAAAACUUGAAGACAUGGAAAUUUCCGUUCACUGCGACAUCGGCAUAUUCGAAUGGCUCAUGCAGUGGGUGAAGAAGGAUUCCUUGCUCGAAGCUGAUUGGCCGAAGCUGGACGCGCACUGCGUGGUCCCCAUACUGGUUUCAGCUGCGUUUCUCCAGAUGGAACCGCUGCUCAACGACUGUCUGCUGUUUUGCCACGAACAUUUGAACGACAUUCUGAGAACCACCUCGAAUUUGUCCUGUUUGAACGAUUCGGUGCUGUCAAGAUUAGCAGCGAUGCACACCAACACUGAGGUGGAGAUGAUCAGGGACAAGAAGGACAAGAUCCAGUCGAGGAUAUUCACGAAAAUGAUCCAGUCGCUGUGCGAACCAGAGGCGGAGAGCGUGCGCGGCCAUUGGUACUCGUUGGCCAAGAUUUUCCGAUGCGAAAAGUGCCAGCAGCUCAUAUACCCCACCUUCUCCACCCAGAUACCCUGCAACCCCGAAUGCAUGCGGCUGCAAUGGGAUGGCAGCACCAUCAGCAUUCACGUCAGGGACCCAACAUGGAACAUCAACGAAUACAUUUUGAAGCUGUUUCGCAUUACCAAGUCGUGGCGGAAAGUGUACUGGAAGCUGUGGGCAAACACGCAUUUCCUCUACUGCCUGAUUUGCCGACGAUACUUCCCGAGUCACCAGAUCGGCUGGUGUUUGUUUCAUCCGGAUCCGCCCCAAUUUUUCACGUUGGACACCCAGAAAGCUCCCCUGCCGGUGGGAAGGUACCCUUGUUGCGGAGAAAGAGCCUACAGAUUCGACUUGUUGCCAAACUUCUCGGGAUGCCAGUUCCACCAGCACAUUCCAGACACCAAAGACGUGAGAGACUCGGCGAUAAGGACGAUGCUCGACGAUUUUCGUCACCUCAUAGAAGAGGAACCCCCCCGCCUUCUUUUCCCGGAGAAACUCACCCGAUUGGCUCCAAAGCUCAACUACGACACCCCCUCCCCAAAUCACGACAGCAAAAUGGCCCCGCCCACCGAUUUAUUCUGGUGGGACGGCUUCGAAAUAACCCCGCCCCGUCCAAAGCUGGGUUUGAUAUCGAAAUUCGCAAAGCGCACGACGACGUCUAACAUUCCGGCGCCCGCCUUACCUUCGACGUCUGUUUCCGAUGAGAGCAGCGACGACGACGGCAGUAGUUCGAACGACUCGUGCAGCAGCUCGACGACUUCCGGUUCUGACAGCACCGUAGACAGCGGUGAGAGCUGCCAGAUCAACAAGGCCUCUGAACCGGCUUCGGUAAGUCGAUCGUAGAUUGAGGUUAGAGUGCAAACUUUUGCUUGUAGAGUCGCAGCUCGCCUAGAAAGUCUCCCAGAGUCACCCCGGUUGUCCCCGAUAAACGCCCGAAAAAAAAACUCUACAACUCGAAAGUAUGGCAGAACAACUUCUCGGCGAGGACGAAUCAGGAUAAUCAGCGCUCCUUCGAGGAAACAGCGUCCAGGGAAAUGGCGACCAUCCUGGAAAAACGCACUUCCGCCAUCGUGGAAAACUUUCAAAGGUGUCACAAGUCGACCUACAAACAUUUCGCCUCGGCUGGGGGUAUGUGGGUAAGACUGGAAGGGGAGUGGAAGGAAUCUUUGUGCAACAAUUCCACAAAGUUGAAAAAUAUUUUCACGGGAAAAAUAAAAACCCGAAAGCUGCCACAUUCGCAACUGUAAAACAGCAUUUUUCAAUAAAAGUUUUGAAAACA